AUGGCUAGUUCGAGCAAUGAAACGGUAAAUUUCUGGAAUAUGAUUCCUCCAGGUUUUCGGUUUGACCCAAAAGAUGAAGAAUUGAUUACUCAUUACCUAGUUCCCAAGAUUAAUGGCAAAGCUUUGCCACCAAACAAGAUGCAUGAGACUAUAUUGUAUGUGUAUUAUGAACCGGAAAGUGAGAGGACUUGGUAUUUUUUCACAAGAUUAGAAAGAUUAUAUGAAAACGGGAGUCGACCUAGAAGAUCCGCUGGCAAUGGUUAUUGGAAGGCUACCGGAGUGGAUGCAACAAUAAGGAACAAACGAUUGGAUGGUUGGGUGUUAUGUAAGGUUUAUAGACUUGCUAGAGAUGUCGAGGUUGGAGCUCUAAACCCGGGUCAUCAAGAGGAGCAGCAUCUUCAUCAACAGGAGGAGCAGCAUCAAGCUAUUGAACAACAUGUUGGCCUAUAUAAUGGAGAGAUAAUCAUCACUUCCUUAUUCCAGAGGUCGAGGAUAGUUUUGAACAUCAACAACGCAAUCAAGAUAUGCCGCAAUUUUUACCAGAUGAGUUGGAGUUUUUACGCAACAUUUAUCCAUGUUGAGAUCCAGAAUGAAAAGUAUUUGUAUGUAUAUAUGUACGAUUACUGUGUACAGUUGUGGAGUUGUGGUUAA